GCAUCAAGGGCGUGUUGGCUGGGAUGCCACGAUCUAUUGUCGGUGCCGUCGCGAAUCGCGCCCUGCCCCACUGAAGGAAGCUUCGCUUUGCCUACCCGAGGCGCAGCUAUAUUCUUACGUGAACCGAGACGUUUCGUCGAAAUUCAUCAUGGAGGACCUGAGCAUUGUGCUCGUUGUUAUUUUUUGUCUUAUUUUUAUCAUCGCGCCGCUAACGGGCGCCAUCUCUUCCUACCGGCGAUCGAAUCGUGCCUUGAGCGCAGUCGACCCUGGACCAAAACAGCUGGGACGUGCACGGAGGAAGUUAAGUACUGUGACCGCGUGCUCGACGCAUCCUGUAGAGGAUACCGAGGCCGCAGCUGCUCAGCUGGACCUUGGAGAAUGUCCCAUUUGCAUCGGCCCCUUGGUCCCCGAACCGGCACACAUAGAUGGUGGCAGCAUACGGCUCGCGCUCGACGAACUCACCACGGCCGCAGCGAGUCGACAAAGCAAGAGGGUCAGGUUCUGCCGGGGCAGACUGAGUUUCAAGGGUGCAUUGCCUACGACCGUGUCGCCGACGACAUGCAACGGUGAUGCCGCGGAGGAGGUGGUGGACGACGUGUUGACCCUGAACAGCUGCGGUCAUGCAUUCCACGCACGAUGCCUCGCGAGCUGGUUCCUAAUUGAGCGGUUCGACUGCCCGGUGUGUCGCGUCGUGUACUAUCGCAGGCCAUCGUUCCCGGACAGGGCGGUCGCGAUGCCUGGUAUCUAUAUCGGGACGCGUGGUGGACGAGUGCUGGGGUUGGGGUGAGUGGACGCAGGCGCACAGGAUGACUUUCAGAGAUACCCCCUUUAUUUUUAUGAGUGCGCUACAGCGGGACAGACUUCAGUGGCCCGCGCCAUGUAAUAUUGCAAGUACAUGUGGCAUUUAUCAUUGUUUUUCGUGGAGUGUCCCUCACAACGUGGCAAAAGGUAGGGAACUCUGAUCAUGACUCGUGCUUUCAUGCCAC